CUCUUCUGAAGUUAGCAGUGGGAGGGCACAUUGAAGUGGAGAGCAGGGGGGAAAGAGUAGACUGAGGAACUACAGACUGAGGAACUAACUCAUAACAGAACUCUGAAUCAUCUGUCCCAUGUGUCCGCACCUCCAGUCUGUCUCUCCCCGUUUGUCUGCCUGUGCCUCCUGCCUGUUCCACCAUGGAAAACACCCUGCUCAGUCUCCUGCUUUUCACCUCAAUCCGCUCAUGCCUGGUUUUAGCGGGCAUGGAUUCCUGCUACGAUGAAGAGGGUUCCCUCAGUCGCUGCCUGCCAAAGUUUGAGAAUGCAGCCUUUAACAAGACCGUGAUGGCCUCCAACGUGUGCGGUCUUCCUCCUGAGGACUACUGCAUGCAGGCUGGUCCCAUGCGCUCCUGCCACCGUUGCGAUGCAUCGGACCCCCAGCAGCACCACAACGUCACCUACCUGACUGACUUCCACAGCGAUGAGGAGCCCACAUGGUGGCAGAGCCAGUCUAUGUUCUACAGAAUACAGCACCCCAGGUCCGUCAACCUCACCCUGCACUUGGGGAAAGCAUUUGAGGUCACAUACAUCCGGCUGAAGUUCCACACCAGUCGCCCAGAGAGCUUCGCUAUCUAUAAGCGCUCAAAAGAAGGAGGGCCCUGGCUACCGUACCAGUACUACAGCUCAUCCUGUGAAAAGACAUAUGGAAAAGAUGCCAAGGGAUACAUCCGUCCUGGAGAUGAUGAAAGAACAGCCCUCUGCACAGACGAGUUCAGUGAUAUCUCACCACUGACGGGUGGAAAUGUGGCAUUCUCCACACUUGAGGGGCGUCCAAGUGCCUACAACUUUGACCAGAGCCCAGUGCUUCAGGAGUGGGUGACAGCCACAGACCUGCUCAUCUCAUUAGACAGACUGAACACCUUUGGAGAUGAGUUCUUCAAGGACGCCAAGGUCCUCCGUUCCUACUACUACUCCAUCUCUGAUUUUUCUGUGGGAGCCAGGUGCAAAUGCAACGGCCAUGCAAGUGAGUGUGUGACUGGGGACGACGGGAAGCUGGUCUGUGCCUGCCAGCAUCAUACCGAUGGAAUAGACUGCCAAAAAUGUCAGCCAUUUUACCAGGACAGGCCAUGGGCAAGAGCAACUGCUGAUUCAGCCAAUGAGUGCCGAUUGUGUAACUGCAGUGGCCAGACAGAUGAGUGUGUGUUCGACUCAGAGCUAUAUCGCAGUACAGGCAGCGGGGGCCUCUGUGUGAACUGCCGGGACAACACAGAUGGCCCACACUGUGAACGCUGCAAGGACAACUUCUAUCGCAUUUCCCAAGAGGAUGGAUGCCUACCCUGCAACUGCAGCAUCCUGGGGUCCUCAAGCCUGCAGUGUGGGAAUGACGGAGUGUGUCACUGCAGACAGAGUGUAACCGGGGAGAAAUGUGACAACUGUCAGGCCGGAUUCCACUCACUGGGGCCCGCCGGCUGCAGGCCGUGUGAGUGUCAUCCUUCCGGCAGUGUGAGUGUCUGCUCUCCUUUGGAUGGACGGUGUCCCUGCAAGGAAAACGUCGAGGGACACACAUGUGACAGGUGUAAGCCUGGCUCGUUUAACCUGGUGUCUGACAACCCUGUGGGCUGUGAGAGCUGCUUCUGCUUUGGCCACUCAGUGGCCUGCAAGUCCUCCUCCCACUACUCAGCAAUCAGCAUCACCUCUGACUUUGUGGAAGACCCAGAUGGCUGGAUAGGGGAGUUCUAUAGUGAGCUGGAGUCUCCAUUGAUCUGGAAAGAGGGGGAGGUGUACCUGCUGCCCUACAGUGAGGAUGACAUUGGCUUCUAUAAUGCCCCAGAGAAGUUUUUGGGGAACCAGCUGCUCAGCUAUGGCCAGCUGCUUGCAAUCACCUUUGUGGCAGAGAGCCCAGAGCUCCUUCCACAGCAACUGACUGUGGUCCUUCAGGGAUCUGAUGUCUCUGUCUCUGCCGACCUUUCACCUGAGCCCAGCCUUCACUCUGUUCAAGCUCCCCAGCACACCUUCUCUCUCAGGCUGAAUGACAGGGGAGGGGGACUGAGGCCCUCUUUGUCUGCACUGGAGUUCCGGCAACUUCUCUUCAAUCUCACUGCUCUAAAAAUCAGCAAUGCUGGGGGACACAACUACACCUCGCAGCUGUCGAGAGUCACUUUGGGCUCAGCCGCCCCCUCCCACAGCCCCUACGCCCCCGCUCCCUGGGUGGAGGAGUGCACCUGUCCCCCAGGCCACGUGGGACAGUUCUGUGAGCGCUGCGCCCCAGGGUACAAGAGGGAAGUCCCCAAUGGUAGCGCCUUUGUCCGCUGCGUGCCCUGCACCUGCAACCAACAUGGAGACUGCCACCCGGAGACAGGUGUUUGUCAGUGCACAGACUUCACCACAGGACCUGCCUGUGAGCUCUGCAUGGAUGGUUACUAUGGAAAUGCUUUGAUGGGCAGCUCAGGCAACUGCCAACCCUGUCCCUGCCCAGAACAGACCAGCUGUGCCCAGGUUCCAGAGUCUGGGGAGGUGGUCUGUACCAAUUGCCCUCCUGGUCGAAGGGGUACAAGGUGUGAAAUUUGUGAUGAUGGUUUCUAUGGAGACCCCAUGGGAAAAUCUGGUGUACCAAGGCCCUGCACUCCCUGCAAUUGUCACGGCAACGUUGACCCAAAUGCAGUGGGCGUGUGUGACCACUUGACAGGCCGCUGCCUUAAGUGCUUACACCAUACAGAGGGUGACCAUUGCCAGCGCUGCCAACAGGGUUACUAUGGAAACGCACUGGACCAGAACACCAACAAGUGUGAACCUUGCAGGUGUAACCCAGCAGGAGUUGUUGGAUCGUUAGAAGACUGUCAUCCUCAAACGGGUCAGUGUUUAUGCCUGGGUCAUGUGACCGGGCGAGACUGCGGCCACUGUGCGACUGGUUACUUCAAUCUGAGGCCCGGGCUGGGAUGUGAGAAAUGUAACUGUAAUCCCAUUGGGUCUUCCUCCCCUGCUUGUCACCCAAUCACGGGGCAGUGUGUGUGUCGCCCAGGAGUGGAGGGGCUUGUGUGUGAUUCCUGUCGAAAAGGUUUCUUUGGUUUCUCUUCCUGGGGAUGCAGAGCAUGUAACUGUGACCCUAUGGGCUCCAUCACCAUGCAGUGCCACAGCAAUGGGACAUGCUCCUGCCGGGAGGGGUUUGUGGGGAACAAGUGUGACAAAUGUGAGCUCAACUACUUCAAAAACAGAGCCACACAUCAGUGUGAAGAAUGUCCCAUUUGCUACAGCCUUGUGAGGGAUCAGGCAGAGAAGCUACGGGUGAGGCUGCAGAGUCUGGAGAAACUGGUGGAGCACUACAGCUGCAGGGGCCGGCAGGGCCUACAGCACCAGGCUCUGCAGGGGGAGGACACCCUUCCCAAUGCGCUUGAGGACUUCCUGGCUAUUCAAGAGGCCCGGGAGGCCUUUGUCAGCCAGUUUACGCAGCUGGAGACAUCUGCGCAGACAUUGGCGAUCCAACUGGGCGGCAUCGCCAAGGCGAUGAACUGCAGCAGUGAGGAGAAUGAGGAGCAGGGGCACAUGAGGGUGUGCGGGGCUCUGACACGCCCUGCAGCCUCAGCCAGCGCCGCCCAAGCACAGCUGAGAAAGGCGGUUCACACACUGGGUAACAUGGUAAUUCCUUUUGAAGUCCCGACGAAGCCAAACCAAUGGAAUAUGCUGGUGAAUGAAUCCCAGGUCCUGGGAAAAAGUCACAAAGAAGCAGCUAGUCACAUUGAAUCAAUAGCCGAGAAGGCUUUGAUGGCGUCAAACCAGACCUUCUCGCUUUUGAUGGCCCUUCUAGAGGAUAAUUCCACUGAGGUGCACAUUAGGAGCCUAACAGAGCAGCUCCUGGAAAUGCAUCAAGCUAAAGAGAACCUGACAGCACAGGCAAAUGAGACACUGUCAGAGGCCAAGGGGGUGUUCAGAUCCAUUCAACAAGAUUCUGCCCAGAUUGCUGGUGCCUUGGUCAAUUUCACCUACUCUGUGCAGCAAGGGACAAAUGAUUCCCAACUCACCUUGGUCCAGGAACAAACAGAGGACCUGAUCAACAGAACUGGGGAGUUAAACCUGCAGGCCCAAUCCAAAGAGGAGCUGGUCCUCAAGAUCGAAGAGGAGCUGGCAGCUCACAUCGAGAGCAUGCAGAAGCACACGGAAACUAUCCAGAAGUUCGACCAGCUGUCAGCGCGGAUCCUGGAGACCAAGGCUGCCGCUCUUUCUUCCGUGGUGAAGGGGAAAGAGGUUGAAUCUGAAUCCUCAGCGCUAAUGAAAGAACUCGAAGACAUGAAGAAAGAGUGGCCUCGAACGCAGGCCCAGACAAAAGCUGCCGUGAAGAAGGAGAGAAUGGUGGAGGAGAAUAUUCUGGGAGAUGCCAGGAAAAAGGCAAAGCAGGCAGAAAGGAUUGUGAAACUCGCACUGGAGAAUUCCACCCUAUCCAACAGCACAGCCUCCCAAGCAAAGAGCCUCUCAGAUACUGUCGCCAGUGAAGCAAAGGAUACUUGCUCCCAGGCAAAAUCAACCAAGAGAGCAGCUGCGCAGCUGAGCUCCUCAGUGGACGCAGUUCUGCAGCAACUGGAAUACCAGGAGCGCAGAACUGCAGAGGUGCAGAUGGAUGGCACUAAUGAGACUGAAGAUACAGUGGGUGGCAUGAGAGAGAGCAUUGAAGCUGCAAAACUCAAACUGGAGAACUAUUCCAUGACACUCACAGAACUGCUUAGUAAAAUUGAAAGGGAGGUGGCCACUGAGAAGUUUGACAGAAUCCUGAGGGAGACAGAGAACUGGCUCGGCUUCCUGAGACACAGUGUGGAGAGCCCAGCCCUGAGCGGGAAGAUGCAGGCUCUUCACGACGCGGCACAAGACCAGGAGGCCCAGAUCCUCCAGGUGGACCGAGACAUUGAGGAAAUCAAAGAGGAAAGGCGCAGCCUGCAGGACAUCGUGCUCCACUUGCCCCAGGGCUGCGCGGAGGUGUCAAAGGUCUAAAAACAGUGAGAAGAUCGCCGAGCAGACAAUCAGUGGUCAGACAGCAUGAUGUGGUGUGCUCUGGAUUGGAUGACCUCUGACCUCUGGGAGAGAGCAAUAACAGUGGGAGCAGAAUAACCCUCUCCCUGCUGUUUCUACACUCAUCAUUGAACCCUUGCAUUACUUCCAAACAGGGACUGAUGCCAGUUAGAUAUACAAAGUAAUGCAAGCGUCACAUGUGGCACUGCUUUCUCACUUCUCCAGUUCUGGAAUAAACGCAUUGAGAGAAAGCUUUAUGGAAGACUGUUACUGUGGAUGCUCUAUAUUGCAUUCCUUUUCAUGGUUUUGCAAUGUCGUUUGAUUAAUUCAAGAACAACUAAAACACUUCUGUGAAACCUGAGACUCCAGCAUAUUCAUUCAAGUUAAAAUAAUGUUGAUUUAGGAAGGGGAUUAGUGGAGUUCUGCCUCAUCUGUUAGAUUAAUUUCAAAGUGAGCCAUUUCUAAUCAGUGCGGUUAAAUUAAAAAUAAGGCCUUUACCCUCUAUACACUCCCUAACUAGGAACAGAGACUCAGUUUGGCUUCCUAUUUUGAAGUCUUUUAUUCAAUUAUCUGCUACAUAAUGGGAAAGCAAUGCAUUCCAGCUCCAAUCAAAGCAUCGGAGAAGUUUAAUAGAAGAAAUAUCUGCUGAAUAAUGGAUCUGUUUCAAUUUGUCCAUUCAGACAUAUGAAAUGGAAGCCCUCUACUGACUGACCUUGUUCAAUCUCACAUAUAAAUAUAAUUUUUUUGAUGAGCAUAAUUAAAUUAAUGUUCUCUGAUUUUUGAGAACAGCUUUUUAAAUUGUAAGUGAAGGGAAAGGUGGAAGGGGUGGGGAGAUCGUAUAUUUUAAUCAUUUUAAUUCUUUUCAUUUUACUGUUGGUCUUCUGGUUAGUCAGGGUCGUCCAUUACCCAUAUUGUCCACAUGGUGGGGCUAUUACCCGCUUAGGAAAGAAGUACAUGCAUCACAAACAUACAUCUGAAAUAAAAAUACAUUCUCAAAUCUUAACCCUGAACACACUGUUUGAACUGGAUAUUCACUGUGGAUAUUUAUAUUUUAUUUUGGAUAUAACAAAUGUAGCAUUCAUAUGGUUACAGGUUCAUUUAACAUAAAAACAACAACAACAAAAAGUUUACAUGAGGGGUUCACAUUUACAUACAAAAAUCUUCAUAACAGUGAUGAAAACAAAUACCAGAACAUAUUUACCAUUGUAUAAUUACUGGAAUUAUCAUUGAUUUCUUAUGUGUAAUAUUCCUACUGAAUGUUUAAUUCAUAUCAGGAUAAAUAAAACAACUUUUCACAACC